AUGUCGUUACGAGGACUGCCGAAAGGCUCAGCACUCCGAGCUCCGACGCUCGUGAGCAGCACAAAAAUAAGUCGCGGGCGCACGCAGCAGAGAUGGGCGAGCACCAAGGACCAGAAGCCCGUCGCGGACGGCGAGCGGCCAUUCUACCUGCAGCUGCAGGAGACGAUCCAGGAGCGCGUGCAGAAGGAAAAGGCCGAGCAGUACCAGCUGCAGUCGCUGCAGCAGCGCACCGCGCGCGGCAAGUUCUGGGCGACGGUCACGGCUGUCGGCGUCGCCGGCGCCAUGGGCUACUACUACGGCCAGCUGAAGCCCCCCAAGCCCGACACGGCCUCGACGGCGCCGCUGCCCACGUUCCCGCCCGUCCAGCACAACAUCUCCGAGGCCAACAUGGAGGCCGCCUGGGCCGACGUGCGCGACAUCGUCGGCAAGGAGAACGUCUCGCUCGAGCGAUCCGACCUCGAGUCGCACAGCGGCUCGUCGUGGUCGUCGCACCCCGCGGCGCCCGGCGACGUGCCCUUCUGCAUCGUCAAGCCCGGCAGCACCGCCGAGGUCAGCGCCAUCAUGAAGGUCUGCCACGAGCGCCGCAUCCCCGUGACGCCCUACAGCGGCGGCACCAGCCUCGAGGGCCACUUCGCCGCCACCAAGGGCGGCAUCUGCAUCGACUUCAGCCGCAUGGACAAGAUCCUCGCCCUGCACGCCGACGACCUCGACGUCGUCGUCCAGCCCGCCGUCGGCUGGGAGCUGCUGAACGAGGAGCUCGCCAAGUCGAACCUCUUCUUCCCCCCCGACCCGGGCCCCGGGGCCAUGAUUGGCGGCAUGGUCGGCACCGGCUGCUCCGGCACAAACGCCUACCGCUACGGCACCAUGAAGGACUGGGUCAUCAGCCUCACCGUCGUGCUGGCCGACGGCACCAUCAUCAAGACGCGCCAGCGCCCGCGCAAGUCGUCGGCCGGCUACGACCUGACGCGCAUGUUCAUCGGCAGCGAGGGCACGCUGGGCCUCGUCACCGAAGCCACGCUCAAGGUCACCGUCAAGCCGCAGCACACCAGCGUCGCCGUGUGCGCAUUCCCAUCGAUCCGCGCCGCCGCCGACUGCGUCUUCAGCGUCGUCGGCGCCGGCGUGCCCAUCGCCGCCAUCGAGAUCCUCGACGACGUGCAGAUGCAGUGCAUCAACGACGCGGGGCAGACGGCGCGCACCUGGAAGAACGCGCCCACGCUGUUCUUCAAGUUCGCCGGCACCAAGAGCAGCGUCCGCGAGCAGAUCACCCAGGUCCAGGCCAUGGCCAAGAAGAGCGGCAGCGUCGGCUUCGAGUUCGCCACGAGCGAGCAGGAAAAGGAGGACCUGUGGCAGGCGCGCAAGGAGGCGCUGUGGAGCGUCAUGGCCAAGGGCGAGGGCAGCGACGAUGUCGGUGUGUGGACCACGGAUGUCGCCGUGCCCAUCUCCAAGCUGCCGCUCAUCAUCGAGGAGACCAAGGAGCAGAUUGGCAAGAGCGGAUUGCUGGGCAGCAUCGUCGGACAUGUCGGCGAUGGGAAUUUCCACGCUAUCAUCCUGUACAACCGCAAGACCGAGUAUGCCAAGACGAAGCGUCUCGUGCACGACAUGGUCAAGCGCGCCAUUGAGCUGGAAGGCACGGCAACAGGCGAACACGGCGUCGGCCUCGUCAAGCGCGACUACCUCCCGCACGAACUGGGCACCGCGACCGUCGACGCCAUGCGCCAGCUGAAGAAGGCGUUUGACCCGCUGUGUCUGCUGAAUUGUGAUAAGAUCGUCAGAGCGAAGAUGCCGGGGAAGGGGGAUGUUGAGAAGUGGUGA